AGAGCAAAACAGGCGACGUGAGGUAUAGUUGAAAAUCCAACACUUUAUUCUCGUAAAGUUAAAAGAUGGAAGCCGGUGAAAAAUAUCUGACGCUUAGUACGCCAGAUGUUGUCAUCCAGAGUUUAUUUUCGAAAUACGACUUAAACAAAAAUGGUUUCUUGGAAGAAGAAGAGCUGAGGAGCCUGUUGGAGCAGGACCUGGGCAUGAACACARACCAAGCUGACGUUUUCGCAUUAUUGAUCGACAAAAAUGGCGACCACAGAGUGAGCUAUACCGAGUUGGUCGACUGGCUCCAUAGUGACGAACGAUAUCGAUGCAUAAAUGAUAAAUCAAGAUUCUAUUUAAUAUCCAAAGCAGUGGAAUUGUUCAAGCAGUUUGACAGGAACGAAAACGGAUCUCUGGAUAGAAAAGAGUUUUUGAGGCUUGUACGUUCCCUUGGAUAUCAACAAGUUAACAACGAUAAAGAAUUUCAAACAAUGGACAGUGAUGGAAAUGGGGUGAUAUCCUUUUGGGAAUUUCUUCGCUGGCUAAAUUGGAUUCCUCUCUAAUAAUAUGUUUCAUCUUUUAUUUUUUUACUCUGUUACAUUAUCAAAUAGCUAUACACCGGUUGCUCACUUAGAUUUGGUGUGUCGUAUCUGAGUAGAGUUGCUUUCUUUCCUGUGCUUCGAGGUUUUGUCCAGGGUUCUACGGUUUUGCUCACUUCAAAAAAAAUYGACUUCUAAAUUUUAAUUGGAAUUCAGUGAAUGAAUAGCUACUCUCCUGCAGAAAAUAAAAGUGAUUAAAUCCCAUUUCUAAUAGGUUUAAAAGGUUUCUAGUGGGAAACUAAGUUGAUCGCGAGGCGUGUGGUCAGAAUAUCUUUGGUGGAAUCAGUAUGCUCGCCCAUACGCCAACACAGUUCCUAUACGUUUAAGGUUGUAGAGUACGAUUUUAAAAUUUAAAAUUCCAUUAAACCUCAAUAGUAUCACUAUAUAUUUAUGUAUAUACACACCGAAUCCCUAAAACUUUGACAAUUUAGCGAUAUAUAUACAUAUAUAUGUAUCCCCUUUUUGCUAUUGUCUCUCCUUGAAAAUGCAGGUAAGACAAUAGAAAAAAGGGGGAUACACAUAUAUGUAUGUAUAUCGUUAAAGUGUCAAAGUUUUAGKKAUUCGGUGUAUAUUCUUCUUUUGCACGUUACGUCAUCACGGCCAUGUUGGUACCAUUUAACAUAAGAUUUCUCAUUAGCACCCAUUGUUAACGGUACCACAAUGGCCGCCAUGUUUUUGUCUUUUAACUUUCUUGGGAAU